AUGUCUCUUUCUGGUGCACGACGGGGACAAAUCACCCAGGGUGGUGGCUCUUGUGGCUUUUUCAAGUGGUGUGACGAGCAGCAACAGCCUCGGGUAGGUGCACCACUGCAAGCUUCACCGCAAUACCAAGCGGAUUCUAUGUCAAGCAUCCAAAACCCCAGCCAGAGGAGCUCGUCUUCCUGCUUCAAGUGCGGCCAGGAGAACCACUGGGCGAGAGACUGUCCGAAUCAAUCGUCGGAUCCUUAUCCUGACAAGGGUGGGAGACCAAUAACCUCAUCGAGCUCACCUGGUGCGUGCUACAACUGUGGUCGCGCUGGUCACUGGUCCCGCGACUGCCCAACCUCGAAUAGUGGUGGUGGUGGUGGUGGUGGUGGUACCGGCACCAGCCGUGCCAAGUCGUCCUCGGCUUUGAGAUCGUGGAAUAGUCAGAGAUACUGA